AAUAAAGAAAUUUAGGAAAUUGAGGCUUUCAUCCACUUAGUCAUGCACAACUUUUAACGAAUUUGUUGUGUUACAGUGAUGUUCUAUUCGAGUACACAAGAAGAACUAGAGAAGUAGCAAGGGGGUUACUUAGUGGGAUAUCAAUGAGCCUAGGACUCGACCACUCUUGCAUAGAAAAAGCUUUGAAACUGGAAUCGAGUUUACAGAUAUGUAUUGUCAAUCUUUACCCCCUUGCCCACAACCCGAUCUUGCAAUAGGGUUGCCACCUCAUUCGGAUCACGGCCUCCUUACAUUCCUCAUAGAAAAUGGCAUAGGCGGACUUCAAAUUAAGCACAAGGGUCAAUGGGUCAAUGUGCACAAUACUCUUCCCGGCUCGUUUCUAGUCAAUACUGCAGACCACCUUGAGAUUUUCAGUAAUGGGAAGUACAAAAGUGUGGAGCAUCGUGCGGUUGUAAAUAAUGCUUUCACAAGGAUAUCAGUGGCUGUAGCAAAUGGACCAUCGCCAGAUACAGCGGUGAGGCCUGUGGAUGAAGAAAGCUGUCCAGCGGCAUUUGUUCCGAUGAAGUACAAGGAGUAUGUGGAAAUGCAACAAAGCAACAAACUAUAUAGGAAAGCUUGUUUGGACCAGCUUCGUGUAUGA